AAAAACCCAAACCAAACCAGACCAAACCCUCGAUUCAAUUCCCCAUCUCUCUUUCUCUCACUCACUUCCAUUUCACCUCUCCCCCCCUCUCUCUCUCUCUCUCAACUCUCUUCCCCGAUCGAAUUCGCCAUUGAGAGAGAGAGAGAGAGAGAGAGAGCGAAGAGAAAGAAGAGAUCGAGAGAGAGAGAGAGAGAGGGAUGGGGCAACCCUCGGACCCCCAACAACCGGCGCCGCCUCUGCCGGCGGCGCCGCCGACUCCGGCGACGGUGGGGCCGGCGCAACCGGCGCCGCCGCAGGGGGGGUGCAAGGUGCGGUGCGCGGGGUGCCACGGGAUCCUCGCCGUGGCGCCGGGGAUGACCGAGUUCAUAUGCCCUAAGUGCCAGCUCCCCCAGAUGCUCCCCCCCGAGCUCAUGUACAAGCCCCCUCCGCCGCCGCGGGACGCGGCGGCGGCGGCGGCGGAGCCCGACCUGAACGCGACGCUGCUGAGGCUGUCGGCGGAGGACCCGGCGAGGCGGCGCUGCGGCCCGAGGGCGCAGGGGAUCGAUCCGACCAAGAUCCAGCUCCCCUGCGCCCGGUGCAGGGCGAUCCUCAACGUGCCCCACGGCCUCACCCGAUUCACCUGCCCCCAGUGCCGCGUCGACCUCGCCGUCGACUUCACCAAGCUCCACAACUACUUCGCCUCCGCGGGCGCUGGAUCGUCCGCCCCCACCGCCCCCGGCGCUGCUUCUCCAUCCCCUGGGAUGCCACCGCUUCCGGGAAUGCCGCCGCUCCCUGGGAUGCCGCCGCUCCCGCUGAUUGAGCCACCAGAGGAGAUCAAUGAGGUGGCAAUUGACGUGGAGCGGGAAGAAGAUGAAGGCGGUCCUGUUGGAGAGACCUUCACUGAUUAUCGGCCUCCCAAGCUUUCCUUUGGUCAACCCCAUCCAGAUCCUGUUGUGGAAACAUCUUCCUUGUCAGCUGUUCAGCCACCAGAACCAACUUAUGAUCUGAAAAUACUGGAUGAACUGGAGGAUACAAAGGCUUUGUCCUGCUUGCAGAUCGAAACACUAGUCUAUGCUUGUCAGAGGCACCUUCACCAUCUCCCAAGUGGUGCAAGAGCAGGUUUUUUCAUUGGUGAUGGCGCUGGUGUUGGUAAAGGUAGAACUAUUGCUGGAUUGAUAUGGGAAAACUGGCAGCAUGGGAGAAAAAAAGUAUUGUGGAUUUCUGUUGGUUCAGAUUUAAAAUUUGAUGCGCGUAGAGAUUUGGAUGAUGUUGGUGCGACAUGUGUUGAAGUGCAUGCUCUAAAUAAGCUUCCGUACUCUAAGCUUGACUCUAAGGCUGUUGGAAUCAAACAUGGAGUAGUCUUUUCAACAUACAGUAGCCUGAUAGCAUCAUCUGAGAAAGGCCGUUCUCGUUUGCAGCAGUUGGUGCAGUGGUGUGGUCAGGAUUUCGAUGGUCUUAUAGUUUUUGAUGAGUGCCACAAGGCCAAAAACUUGAUUCCUGAGGCAGGAGGGCAACCUACUCGUACAGGCGAGGCUGUUCUUGAUCUCCAGAGGCGACUUCCUGAGGCUCGAGUUGUUUAUUGCUCUGCGACCGGUGCAUCUGAGCCACGAAAUAUGGGUUACAUGGUCCGGCUUGGACUUUGGGGAGAUGGAACAUCCUUUUCUUCAUUUAUUGAGUUUCUAGGGGCUCUUGAUAAAGGUGGUGUAGGAGCGCUGGAACUUGUUGCAAUGGACAUGAAGGCAAGGGGUAUGUAUGUGUGCCGUACACUAAGUUAUAAAGGUGCUGAAUUUGAAGUGGUUGAAGCUCCACUGGAGGAAAAGAUGAUGGGUAUGUAUAAAAAAGCAGCUGAAUUCUGGGCCGAGUUACGGGUUGAAUUGUUAUCGGCAAGUGCAUUUCUUCCGGAUGAUAAGCCAAAUUUAAGUCAGGUUUGGCGGUUGUACUGGGCGAGCCAUCAGCGUUUUUUCAGGCACAUGUGUAUGUCAGCUAAAGUACCUGCUACGGUGAGGCUGGCGAAGCAGGCACUGGCAGAAAAUAAAUGUGUGGUGAUAGGUCUUCAGAGCACCGGAGAGGCUCGAACUGAGGAGGCUGUUGCUAAAUACGGUCUUGAGUUAGAUGACUUUGUCUCUGGUCCUCGAGAGCUUCUUCUUAAGCUGGUGGAAGACAAUUAUCCUCUGCCACCAAAACCAGACAAUUCACGUGAUGAAGAGAGUGUGAAGGAGCUCCAACGUAAGAGGCAUUCUGCUACACCCGGCGUAUCAUUUAGAGGGAGGACGAGGAAAGUUGCAAAAUGGCAAGCUGCAAGUGAUGGCGAAAGUUACGACGAAUCUCUGUCUGACUCUGAUAAAGAAUCAACGGAAUCGGAUGAGGAGUUCCAAAUCUGUGAAUCAUGCAACAGUGAAGAGGAGAGGAAACUGUUGCUUUGCUGUUCCUGUUGUGGUCGGCUGGUCCACCCUGCUUGUUUGGUGCCUCCUUGGACUGAUGUGAUGCCAGAUGAUUGGUCAUGCUACUCUUGCAAGGAGCAAACAGAUGAAUAUUCUAAGAAGAUGGAUACCUAUCUAGCUGACCUUCUGAAGAGGUAUGAAGCUGCACAGGAAAGGAAAUCGAAGAUUUUGGAAAUAAUUCGGUCUUUGGAUCUCCCAAACAAUCCUCUGGAUGAUAUAAUAGAUCAGCUAGGAGGUCCUGAAAAUGUUGCAGAAAUGACUGGUCGGCGAGGUAUGCUUAUAAGGGCUUCAGGUGGAAAAGGUGUUGUUUAUCAAGCGAGGAACACAAAAGAAGUAACAAUGGAAAUGAUAAACAUGCACGAGAAGCAAUUAUUUAUGGAUGGGAAAAAAUUUGUUGCCAUUAUCUCUGAAGCUGGAUCGGCCGGCGUCUCUCUUCAGGCCGAUAGACGCGCACUAAACCAGAGAAGAAGGGUCCAUAUAACACUUGAGCUUCCAUGGAGUGCUGACCGUGCGAUUCAGCAGUUUGGAAGAACCCAUCGUUCUAAUCAAGCUUCUGCACCCCAAUAUAGGCUUCUUUUCACAAAUCUUGGCGGUGAAAAGCGAUUUGCAUCAAUUGUUGCGAAGAGGUUAGAGACCCUUGGAGCUUUAACACAAGGAGAUCGAAGGGCUGGGCCAUUGCUCGGUGCUUUUAAUUAUGAUAGCAACUAUGGAAAGAAGGCGCUCGUGAUGAUGUAUAGGGGAAUAAUGGAGCAGGAUAACUUACCAGUUGUUCCUCCUGGAUGUUCAUCUGAUAAUCCAGCCAGCAUUCGAGAAUUUAUUACCACAGCCAAAGUAGCGUUGGUAUCAGUGGGAAUCGUCAGGGAUACCAUUUUAUGCAAUGGUAAAGAUGGCGGAAGAAUUUCUGGCCGCAUAGUGGAUUCAGAUAUGCAUGAUGUUGGUCGCUUUCUUAAUCGCCUUUUGGGCUUGCCUCCGGACAUCCAGAAUAGGUUAUUUGAACUCUUCACCAGCAUACUUGAUCUUCUCGUUCAUAAUGCACGUAGUGAAGGGCAAUUUGACUCUGGAAUUGUAGAUAUUACAGCUAACAUUAUUGAAAUGCAGCAGGAACCCAAGACUGUUCAUGUUGACGACCUAUCUGGUGCGUCUACUGUCUUAUUUACUUUUACCGUUGACCGUGGAAUUACCUGGGAGUUUGCAAAAGAUCUACUUGAUGAGAGGCAAAAAGAUGGACUAAGUUCUAACCAUGAUGGAUUCUAUGAAUCUAGAAGGGAGUGGAUGGGUCGCAGACACUUUAUUUUAGCUUAUGAAGGUUCAGAUGCUGGGGUCUUUAAAAUAAUUCGCCCUGCGAUUGGGGAAGCAGUAAGAGAGAUGCCUUUAGCUGAGCUCAUGACUAAGUAUCGAAAGGUGUCCUCAAUUGAGAAAGCCAGCAAAGGUUGGCAAGAUGAGUAUGAGGUCUCUUCUAAGCAGUGCAUGCAUGGGCCUAAAUGCAAAGUCGGCAGUUAUUGUACGGUCGGGAGGAGAUUACAAGAGGUGAAUGUUUUGGGCGGCCUUAUUCUUCCUGUUUGGAAAAUUAUAGAAAAGGCUCUAUCCAAGCAGGCUCGCCAAAUUCAUAAGCGGAUACGGGUCGUCCGUUUGGAGACCACCGACGAUAAUCAGCGUAUAGUCGGGCUUCUGAUUCCAAACGGUGCAGUUGAAUCUGUGCUGGAAGGUCUAACUGGUGUUCUUGAGAUCGAAGAUUGAAGAAGCAAAAGAAAGAUAAUUCUCUUUCUUUGCCUUCCGAUUGAUCAUUAUAUUUAAGUUUUUGAAUUUUACGGUGGCUUUUUCUUUUUCUUUUCUCGCCGAGCGCUGCCGAUUUGAUUUUGCGGCGAAGGACUUGGAGGAGGUUUCUCUUUUAACCGGAUGCGCAACGAAGGCUCAAAGUAGGAAAAGUAAAUCACUUAGUAUAUAUCAUUAUCACUAUAUGUGUAAAAUGCAUCUUCUUUUUUUUUCUUUAUUUCUUUUCCUUUUCUUUUUAAAAUUUUACUUUAAGCUUCUAUUUUUGGACUCGGUAUUGCUGUAAAUUAUUAUUAUAUGUAAACAGAUCACAGAACAAACACGCGUUCUGGUUUUGAGAAGCUGGUUUCUCAAUUCUAAUUUAGCGAAAGAUUAGGAAGCGAAGAAGUUCGUCUUUUUAUGUUAUUAUUUUUGUUUUCUUUUUCCUUUUUAUUUUAGAUCAAAUUUUUUUUCUUUUCCCUUUUUAUUUUAGAUCAAAUUUUUGUUUCCGAUCCGAAGCAUUGUUCCUACUGCCAAAUCCACAAAGCGAGCUCUUAUUGUUUGCUAAUUAUUUUAACCCUUCGCCACUUUUCUGUGUUUUGUUGCAUUCUCCGACGCUGAAUUUGUAAUCUGACGCUUAUAUUGUCUUACCAAACUGUCUUGUGUUCACCAUGAAUGCGGCCGCAGAUUUUGUUGUCUAUUGGAAUAA